AUGGAUCUUGGAAAGAGUGGGCUGAGAUUUACGUGGAAAGGACCUUUAUAUCAUGUAGGACAAAUAAUUUAUGAGAAACUUGAUAGAGCAAUGUGUAAUGAUAUUUGGAGAUUGGAGUUUCCGGAUGCAUACAUGAAAGUUUUAGCAAGGGUUGAGUUCUCUGAUCAUCAUCCCCUUAUGAUCACCUUGGAUCCUUCUACUAAUAGGAAAGAAGAGAAAAAAUUUAGGUUUGAGAGUGCAUGGAUAAUGAAUGAUACUUAUCAGAAUGAUAAGCGAAUUUACAUGAAUUUGAAACAAGUUAAAGAAGAUAUCAAAGAAUGGAAAGAGGAUACCAUGGAGCAAAUUAUUCGAAGAAAGAGAAAAAUUAUGACUGAAAUGACUGAUAUUGUCAAAAAGAAGGAAGUGAUAUGGUAUCAAUGUUCAAGGGCUGAUUGGCUUAUUAACAGGGAUCAGAACACUAAAUACUAUCACAUGAAAGUUAUUACGAGGAGGCGCAUAAACAAGAUUCUUAUGCUGCAAGACUUGAGUGGCCACUAG